GCUAUAAACAGUAUGGUUGUGGUUUUUGACUGUUACCACAACAACGUUUACAAAAUGGCUGAACACUAGCAAUAGUUCAAGCGUUUGUACCAGCAAAGAAAACAGUUCAAACGUUGUUAAUUUAUAAUGGCUACAACAAUAGCGCCUGAAGGAGUACCACCUGAAGUGGUGAAUGCUCGAAGGACAGAAUCUAUUGAUGCUCCCCAAAUACUAAGUCUUGUGGGAGAAUCAACUCAUUCCCUUUUCGGCAGAGUAAACAUUGUAAAUAUCAUAGAGAAAGCUGUUCUUGCAGUCACACUCUGCAAUGACAAGGAUGAGAUCUUGGGUCAUGCAGCUUUUUUUGACUACCCAAAUGUGGCUGAUGUAGAUCAGGCUGACUGGCAAACAUGGCUUAACACUUAUUAUGAUACAACAAAAAGUACUCCUCUCAACAGCUUGUUUUUGCAUUACUUUGUUGCUAAGAAGGAGUAUGCUCAUGGAUGUGCCAGAGAAAUUGUUCGCACAGCCUUUAAUGCUGUACCAGAGGCCCACUUCUUGUACCUGUCAGUGCCUGUAGGAUCAUAUCCAGAAUCUUAUAUUGCUGAUAUCUUCAAGCCAUUAACAACAAAGGAAGAUAAGUCACCCAGUGCAUGUGCUAUGUUUUGCUGUAACAGACACGAACAUGUUCCCGUGGUACAUGUAAGACAAGCUAGAGUUGAAGAUCACGAUGACUUGACACCGAUUUUCAAUCGCCAGAGUGAUAUGUUAAAGAUGACAUAUGGGGACUACUUUCUGGCUGAGUUGAUAGAAGCACAAGAUGAAAACAUGCAAUGUCUUGUAGCUGAGGUUGAUGGAACAGCCUAUGGAUUUAUGAGUGUUAGCAAUGAUGUGAAUUAUGAACUGCUGAAUAAAUGUUUUGAGCUAGGACCAUUCCAUGGUCUUAGGGAACCCAAUGAGAAGGAUGAAACUGAACCACCUAGGACACCAACACCUUCUGUAGCUUCACAAGAAGAGAUUCGGUCACAGUCCGGAACUUCAAACAAGUCUGGUAGUUCGGGUAAGGGAGAGAAUACAGAAACAGACAUGUCAAAGGUGGCAGAUUCAGUGAAAGAAUCAGUAACCGAGUCUACACAGAAAUCUGAAGAAAAACAAGACUCUGGUAAUAAUGGUAGUAAGCAAUCAAGUGGAAGAAGUUCUCGAUUGAACAGUGAUGCCAGUGAUGUCAAGGUUAAACCCAGGCUCAGUGAUGCUCAUAUGGGAGGGAGUCAAACAUCUUUUCUUAGCCAGGAAGGGGAAGGAGAGCCAGACAUAGCUUCUGGAAAAUCUUCUCCAGAAUUUGAUCAAGGCAUUGGUUCACCAAAACCUCCAACUACACCACCAAGCUCCAAAAAAUUUGUUCCCACUUACUAUGGAGAGCCAAAGGCUUUUAGCAUACAGCUAUUCUGUGUUGAUGAGAGAUAUGAGAUGAGAUCAGCUGACUUUUUGGCUAAGGCAUUUGAUAAAUUCCCAGAAAGAGAUUUCUGUAUCAUCACAGUGCCACACUUAGUGCCGGAAUUUCCGCUGCUACAAAACUUUGUGAGAGUUUCACCUAGAUGUCCAAGUACACUAUCCCAAGAACUUUAUGUUUUCCAUAGAUUUGGUCUACUCAAAGACUUUACAGUACGUCCAGCACUCAAGACUGAUUUCACUGGUGUGGAGAACUUGACUAAGACCAUUGACUUGCACGAAAAUCUUCUCAAAGAUUUAACACAGUACAACAAAGCAAAGAGAGAUGAUGAUGGCACAGAGAUUCAAGCUUUUGUUGCAACCAGUCAAUCACAGGUGGUUGGUGUAGCUAUCAUCAGAAUAGAAGAGGACAUAGAAUAUAUACGGUCCCACUACAAUAUUGAGGAUUUUAUCUACUACAACCAUCAUAAGAGAUCAGAGCAUGCCAGAGUUCAUCACUUUGCUAUAAACCCAAUAUUUUCACACCUCUCUAAACAUUUCCUGAAGGAAGUUCUACGUAUUGGACAUAAGACAUGUUUAUAUUAUCCCUUGUUCCCAUCAUACACAGAAAAACAGGUUGUUAAGAACUACUCUUUGAUUAGCUGCCUGAAAGAAAUGGUUCCUGUUAGACAUAGAAGACAGAUCAUUUAUCCCACAGAGAACCUAGGUAUCAAUGCUCCAUCAGAUAGAGUCCUUGCAGAAAGAGAGCCAUAUGCUCUCUACCAUAUCAACAGAAAACUUACUCUCGAACCUAAGGUAACAAUAAAUGCUCGGAUAGUUGUGGUAGGUGCAUCAGAUGUAGGAAUAGGAUUUCUUGAAGCGCUUGCAUACUGCCCACAUUUACAUUUUAACAAUUUGACAAUUGUAUCACCACAUGGUUUGCCUGGUGAUAUGCCAAAAGACGAACAGCGAGAUUUAAUGUUGUCAACCAGUCAUUGUUAUACUCAUGAGGAAUAUGCCAAGAUAGCACUUCAGGCCUCUGUCAAUGUUGUUUAUGGAACAAUGACGUCCAUCGAUCGAAAAAAGAAGUUUGUGAGAGUGAGCGGGAACACAUCGGUUCCGUAUCAUCAUCUGAUUUUGUGUACCGGAGAGCAAUACCAGGUGCCGAUGCCUACAGGUGCCGAUGUUCAAAGUGGUGUUACAAACGCUAACUUACCAAACAGUCCUGAUCGCAGAAACAUGGGAGUUAAACCAAAGAAUCUUUUCUUAGUAAAUGAUACAUAUGAUGCAGCUGUGUGUCUGUACUGGAUUGAGAAUAGACUCGCCAAAAAUCAGAGUAAGUUAGGGCCAUGUUUUAUGUUAUUUCUUUCUUUGACAAAUUUCCUGUCAAUUUUCACUCAUUAAGAAAAAAAAUUUAAUUGCAGUGUUUUUAAUGAUCGUAUAGUAGAGGAAACCCAUGUUUAAGGCAUGCCCCGGAGGUGGGUACAGUUUUAUUUGGGAUAGUUCUUUUCAGUGGAAUAAAGGCGAGGCUGUGCGGAGAUUAAAUCUGCCAGCUUUACUUCUAAUGAUGAACCACUUACAUUGGAUUGUGGGGCAUUUUUCUCCUACUACAAGAAGAGUGUCAACUUUGAGGCAUUCAAAGCUAUAAAUGAUGCAUGCCUGGUGUAUGAUGGUAAACUAGUGAUUGAUGCCUAUUUCCACACAAAUGAUGUAUCAAUCAGAGGUGCUGGACCACUCACUAAAUUCCAGAGGAAAUAUCAGGCAGACAAAUGGUCACAUGCUUGUUUCAACUCAAAAGAAGUUGGAAUACAUUUGGCAACAGAGAUGUUACGUUUAUUUGAUCCUACAUUAGAACAGCAAGGAUCUCCACAAGAGGAGGAGCUAAACCUUAUACCCAUCUACAGGAACCCUAAAAUACAGGGAGCUUUUCUUCCAGGAAAUUUCAAUUAUCUACAUGUUAAGAAGCCAGGGCUUGAUAAGCCACUGACGGAACAAAUGGGUCAAUCUGAUUACGGGAAAGAAUUGGUUACUGGAAGUGCUGGCGGUGAAACUGAAUAUUUUAGACUUCAUAUCAACCAGUACAAUAAUGUGGAAACAAUCACAUGUCUUGCGAAAAAGACAUUACCUAGCAGUAAUCUGAUGACACUGUAUGGUUUACAUGAGAGAUGUAUGAACAACCUAGUGUCCAGGUUUAAUGAAGGACUCGUACAGGAUUUCUACAAGUAUUUCUCAGAGACAUGGGCUUUGGCAUUGUACCAUGAUAGAUUUGCUGAUUUCAGAGAAGAAGUUAGGGAACUGCUGAUCACAAGACCUAAUGAGGGAGCAGAAUCAUUAGAAGAAAAAGUCAGAAAUCUUGUUGACCCAGAAUUGCCAUUAUCUGAUGGUCAAAGGGAUGAACUUAAAGAGUUGUUCAAGACGACUGGAGCUAAAGGUGCAGUGGAGGCUAGACUAUUGAACUUCCUAUCUUACAACUAUUAUCAUUUACCUAUGUAUGCCAAGCCUGGCAUGGUCUAAAUUAUAAACAUCGACGAGUCCUUUGUGUGCUAGACAUUGAUGAAAACAUGAGAGUAAAUUAUACUUUAUGUGUGCUAGAGCCUUGAAGUUAUCAUCAUUGACAAGAAUUAGAGUGUACAAAUAUAUCUGCCCUUUGUGUCCUAA